GAUGGCGGCGCUCCGAUCUUCGCCUACCGGAUCUGGCAGCGCACUGGGACAGGUUCCCUUGUGCUUGCGGUGAACAGCAGCGAGAGUAACGCCACAGAGGUCAUCGUGGAGUCACUGACGAGGACUACGGCUUACAGCUUCGUGGUGGCAGGUGUGAACACUUUGGGAGUUGGUUCCCUCAGCGAAGAGAGCAUGCAGGUCUGGACCCUACCGGUGGCGCCUGCCGCAGUGGAGCAGCUGCAGCUGGAGCCAUCGCCUUCCAGGCUGAACUUCACCUGGGAGGCACCGGACGAUGGAGGCCUGCCCAUUGACUUCUACACCAUCGAGAUGCACCUGGAAGACCUUGAAGACCUGGAAUCUGGGUUCUUCCUGGUGGGCAACCUGAGUUCCUCCGGCUGCCGCUGCUUCCAACUGACGGAUUUGAUGGCCAACCGAAGCUAUCGGCUGCAGAUCUUCGCUUGGAAUGCGGUCGGCAGAUCUCCUGUGAUGGCACAAGCUUCACCGUGA